CAGAUAUAAAACAACCUUCUUUCGACUAAGUUAUAUUCUACUUUUACAAAAGGAAAGAAUUUGCGAAAGCUCUGGCUAACAUUGGUUUAGGCUUACUCAUCAAAACAACUAUUUGUUCUCUACUCUGUCAACAUAGGCAUCUUACUGUGAGCAGAAUUUUUAAAAUUCUAAUAUUACCUGAAAUGAAUAUCAUUAUUUACAUGGGAAUAUUAUUUUUGCUGUUGCUUACAAACAUCGAUGUCAAGAACUCUCAAUUAUUAAAAAUUGGUAGAAUAUUCUGCGAUAAUUCAAAGUAUCAUGAAAAUAAUGAAUUUAUUGUUAGUGACACUACUCAACAAAUUAAAUCAAAGGAAAAUGUAAAUCACUUCUUGCAUCUUAAUGUAGAGGAAAUAUUUUUUGGACUUUUUACGAAUCUGCCAAAAAUGAAAGAUUUGCAGUUAACGAUCUUGAGUGUUACUACUGAUGCUCUAAUUUCUGCUUUAUUCGUAACAAAAUUUCUCAGUCUUGGAAUGGAUUUUGCCAGUGAAUUUUCAAGAACUUCAUUUUCUCAACAGACUGCUAGUGGUUUGAUGAAAAGGAAAUCAUUACAGUUUACAAUUUUCAAAGGAAUCAUUGUAACCGAGAUUGUCACGAAACUUUUGAAGCUUAUUACAAAUCCAGCAGUAGCAGAAAAUGUCACAUCCAUACAAAUACGAAAGAAAAAUUUUCAAUCACUUUUUUGGAUUAGGUAUAGGAAUAUUGAUAAGUUUCUGAUUCAUAAGUGCAGUGAAAGUACUGCAAUGAAUAUUAUAAAACAUUACUGCUUUAGUUCACCACGAUUCGGAGUAAUGUAUUAUUUCAUCAAAUAUAUUUCUGACAAUGGAUAUCCAUCGGAAGCGUAUGAUAAGUAUUGGCUAAAAGAUCCUAAGUUGUACGAAAAAUUAAGAUUUAAUUUGUAUUUAGAAGUUGGUUUAUCAAAAAGAGCAGCAAUUGAACGUAUGCAUAAUAUUUAUAACCAAGAAGAGAUGAAUCUAAUAAAAGAUAAUCCAGAAAAGUUAUUUGCUGACUACUUGACUAAUAAAUUAUUUGACAAAAUUACUUUUGAUGAUUAUUACGCCAUAAAAAAUUUCUUGGUUAAUGAUUUCCCUACUAUAAAUGUAGAGCAUCAUAUUUUUUGGAGAAUGAAGAAAGCACUGUACAGUUUGGUUAUUAGACAAUGGGAUUUAAAGCCUGUGAAAUCUACAAAGAAAAUGAUAUGCACACUACGAAGUAAUUCGUUCGCUAAUUCAAAACGUUCUUUAUGGUUUCUCGAAUUUACUAUUUGUAAUGAAUAUUUUAAUGGAACAGAAAAUUACAAUACUAUUAAUGUCCCAUUUAUAGAGGGCAACCAUCAUUCUGUCGCGGAACUAACAAUUCCAUUAAGGUUUGUGAUUGAAUUAAAAGACAUUGAUGCUAAUUUAAAUCAGUACAUAAUUAUUCCCCAUACAAAAACAACAUUGUUAGAAAUUAGAAAACACUCGAUUAAUAAUGGAAUUAAUAUAUAUAAAAUUAAUUCAAGGUUUAGAAGUUUCAUACAUUCUGAAUUGCUAGCAGACGUUGCAAAUAAAGUUUCUCUAUAUGCAGAAAAUAUUAGUGGUGAUCAUGUUUCCGAAUCAUUCAGGCGCUUGAAAUGUUGGUGACAAAAUGUUUUAUCAAAAAAUUAAAAAAAAAAAUUAAUAAAAUCGUUCAAUUUCCAUAUUUUUUUUCAUUUUAUUUCGUAGUGUACAAAAUGUGAAAUAAUUUACUACAGUUCUAGAAUGAAAUAUUUUUUUUCAAACUUUAAAUUUUUAUUUAUUAAAAAUCAUAAAAAAAGUAUUUAAUUGUUAAAAAUUUAAUCAAUGAUGAAAUUAUAAAUAAAAAUAAAUU